UUCAUGUAAGAAACUCAUGUGCUAAGACUGAAAUAAAAAUUACGACAAUCCAAAAACAUAAACUUAGUCUGGCCAAAACUGCCGUAGUGAGUAGAACUGGAUCGUGAAUCAAGUCGUGUAUAAUAAUCGUGUUCAUUGCGUUGUGUAUAGAAAUUGUGUGUUUUUAAUUGUAUAAUAUUUGAUUGUGAAAUAAAAAAAACUGAAAAGUUGAAAUGGGUCUAUUGACAGAAGGAAGUCCACUAUCAUGGGAAGAAACAAAAAAACUGUCGAAACACGUUCGUGAGCAUGGUAUCACGCAAUUUAUAAAUCUGUAUCGUCGAUUGAAGGAUCGAACGGGUGACGUUUUAAAAUGGGGCGAUGAGGUGGAAUACAUUUUAGUGAAAUUUGAUGAUAAAAAUAAGGUUGCACGUGUUCCACUACGAGCUCAAGAAUUAUUGGCUAUUUUGAAUCAAAGAGAGGCAGAUGAUCCAACUGGUGUCAAAUCAUUAUGGCGUCCAGAAUAUGGAGCUUAUAUGAUUGAGGGAACGCCUGGACAGCCAUAUGGUGGCCUUUUGGCUCAUUUCAAUGUUGUUGAGGCAAACAUGAGAUACAGACGACAAGAAGUUACUGAACUUUUAAACGAUGACGAAGCUGUGAUGUCGCUCACAAAUUUCCCACGUUUGGGAACAUUAGAUUUUACAUGGCCUAUAUACAAAACCCAACCGGACAACGUUGAUGGCUCAGCUCGUUCGUUAUACUUCCCUGAUGAGGCCAUCUUUCCCGGUCAUCCGCGGUUCAAGACUUUGACCAGAAAUAUUCGACAACGACGCGGUGAAAAGGUCGAUAUCAGGCUAACCGUGUUCAAAGAUGAAAAUACAAAGAUACCCGUCGACGGAGCACCUGCCGAUAAACCAGAUGCUGUUCAUAUGGAUGCAAUGGGAUUUGGCAUGGGAUGUUGCUGUUUGCAACUAACAUUUCAAGCAUGUAAUAUAACCGAAGCACGUACUCUAUACGAUCAAUUGACACCACUGUGUCCAAUUAUGUUGGCAUUGACGGCUGCCUCGCCAGUUUUUCGCGGAUAUCUCGUUGAUUCGGACUGUCGUUGGAAUGUGAUUAGUGCAUCGGUGGAUUGUCGAACGGCAGAAGAACGCGGUGAAGUACCUCUCAAAGAAAAUCAAUUUAGAAUCAAAAAAUCCAGAUACGACAGUAUCGAUUCAUAUUUAUCGCCAGAAGGAGAAAAAUACAAUGAUGUGCCUUUGGUAUACGAUGAAAGUGUUUAUCAAAAAUUGCGCGAUGGUGAUAUUGAUCAUUUAUUGGCUCAGCACAUUGCACACUUGUUCAUUCGUGAUUCGGUGUCGUUGUUCAGUGAAAAAGUUGAUCAAAAUGAUGAAGAGGAUACGGAUCACUUUGAAAAUAUACAAUCGACCAAUUGGCAGACAAUGCGCUUCAAGCCACCACCACCAAACUCGAAAAUUGGUUGGCGUGUCGAAUUUCGGCCAUGCGAAGCUCAGUUAACUGAUUUUGAAAAUGCUGCCAUCGUUUGUUUUGUUGUGCUGCUUACACGUGUUAUUCUAUCGUAUCACUUGAACUUUUUAAUACCAAUCAGCAAGGUCGACGAGAACAUGCAAAAAGCACAAAAACGAAAUGCAUACCGUGACGAACGAUUUUGGUUCAGAAAGAAUAUCAACACUAAAAGUGAUAAUUCGAGCAAUCACAAUGACUCGACGACAAAUGGCGAGACCACAGACGAUGAUGAAUACGAGCUUAUGACCAUUGAUCAAAUUAUAAAUGGUAAUGGUUCAACGUUCCCUGGCCUAAUUCCAUUAAUUAACAGUUAUUUGGCGUCGAUGGAUGUUGACACCGACACACACUGCACGAUUCAACGAUACAUUCGAUUGAUUCAACGACGUGCUGCCGGCGAACUUUUAACCACUGCUUCGUGGAUUCGUCAAGAAGUUACCAAUCAUCCCGAAUACAAGAAAGAUUCCGUUGUAACCGAACGAAUCAAUUAUGAUCUAUUGAAAAAGGCCAAGGAAAUACAGGAAGGUUCGCGUUCGUGCGAAGAAUUACUGGGUCGUUGUACACAAUCAAAAACAAAAGACAGUAUUCCAUCUGCCAUCCAGAAGCACUUGACCAAAUGCCCCUAAAAGAGACGAUUUUAUGAAUUUAUCCAAACAUUCAGUCUAAUUAACUACUUAAAAUUUUAUGAAAACAUAUAGUAUAUGUUCACUGUUAAUGCAUUUUAUGCUUAAAAAUGAUUAGUUUGAUACACACAUUAGCACUGCGUUCGAAAUUGAAUAACAUUUCCAUGUUAAUUUGAUCAAAUGGCUAACAUGUUUUAUGCAUUAGAUUAUGUAAUUGUGUACUUUCGAUAAAAAUACAAAUUAUCAUCAAAUCACGACACAGGCCCUAAUUUAAUAGUUUCUUAGAUCCUAGAUGGUGCAUUCUAAUUAAUUACCGUGUUGUCGUUUUUAAGCAGAAUUGUAGAAUUUAUAUUAUAUGAAAACUUAAAGAAAAGAAACCAGCAGCAUUACAGAUUGCAACAUUAUUUUAA